AUGACUUAUAAGCCAAAACCCGAAGUUGAAUUAGAGCAUUGGCCGACUUCCGCUGCGAAGCAGCUCAACGAUAUGAUUGCUGCUAAUGCACACAAAGGGCAUUAUGCAUGCUUUGAUAUGGACGAUACAAGUUGGCAAUUUGAUCUUGAAUCAUGCCUUCUUCCAUUCCUUGAGAACAAGGGUGUUUUGUCGCGGGCAACAUUAGACUCGGCAAUUCAGAUUAUACCCUUCAAGGAUUCGGCGACCAAGCAGGAAAGCCUGUACAGCUACAGUACCCGUCUAUACGAACUGGGCGAUUCCAUUUACUACUCUUUCUCCACGCAAGUUUUCAGCAACAUCCCACUGCGCGAUUUAAAGAAUCAUGUGGAUGAACUGAUGGCUUCGACAGAGCCUGUACCAAGCAACUGCUACGAAGGAGACGACCUCGUACAGAUUCAAAUUCAUCCACCAAAAAUCUUUCGAGGGCAAGUGGAACUCUAUCAGAAGUUGAUGGCCAACGGAAUUGAUGUUUUUGUGAUAACCGCGGCGUCUGAGGAAAUUGUUCGCAUGGUUGCAUCAGACCCCAAAUACGGCUACAACGUCAAGCCCGAGAAUGUGAUUGGCACCACGCUUCUCCUAAAGAACCUAAAGACUGGAUCGAUUCAAACAUCGCGCAAGCAAAUUGCAGAUGGCACAUACAACGCUCAGGCAGUCAAAGAUGAUGGGUCAGAUCUGGUCAUGAUACCAUAUCUAUGGGCCCCGGCGACAUGGAAAAUAGGCAAAUGGGCUGCUAUUUUGUCGUAUAUUGACGAAUGGAAAAUGCCCAUCCUGGUUGCGGGCGAUUCUCCUGGAAGCGACGCGCCGAUGCUUUUCCAUGGCGUGGAUGUGGCAAGAGGCGGAAUACGCUUAUUGGUAGCACGAAACGAUGAGGCCUUGCGCGACUUUUCCAAGUUGAGGAAACAGGCAGUAUGCAAACAGAAAGAGGCCGGGCUACCCCCAACUGCUGACGACAACUGGAUCGUUGUGCACCCAAAAGAUCUUUUGUAG